GCGUGCGUGUCUGACUUUCCUGUGGGCGUGGCUUCUGCCUGGAUUUACGCCUGAGUAGCUUGUUAGCCGGAGGCUGGCGGCGAGGCGGCUGAGAUGGACAGAAUGUCACUGGCUGCUUAUUGUGGGAAUUGCUGUAGAAAGAUAGGAACUCUGGGUUCAGCCUGGAAACCCGACCAAUCAUGGAAAAAUAUCAGGAAAAUUGUGAAGUUAACUGGAUCACUUAUUCUUGGUGGUUGUAUAUUUGCUGCAUAUGAAGUUCUGGCUUUAAAGAAAUCACUGUCUUUUGAUACUCAAGUUGCACAGCAAGAAAAACUGAAGUCCUACAUUUAUUUACCAUCAGUUUCUUUAGAUACUGAUGGAUAUCAAGGUGUUACCUACCAGGUGAGAAAAGAACUUCACAGAGCAGUAAGGAAAAUUCUGGAAACAACUGCUAGAAUUUUUCGAAGACCAUUCGAUGAACGCUUCAGCACAUUUGAUGCAGAAGAUCAUGAGUGUGCCUUGUGGCUGCUUGUGAAAAGAAGUCAGUCAGGAGAUAAAAAGGUCCGAUUACAAGCCGUACAGGAACUUGCCUCCAAUCAGUAUUGGCGUGAUUAUCAAUAUAGAACAGCUGCCCAAGCCAUUGAUUAUAGAACAGCUGUUGGAUUAGCACGAACUAAAGACGUUGACAUGCGAUUUUUCCUGCCUCCUGUUCUUUUACGAAGACCACAAGGCGCUUGCUCUUUAGAAGAUGAACUUCGUCUACUGCUGGCAGCUUUACCUCAGACAGACCUUGACCAAUGUGUACAAUAUUUUACAUCUUUAGCUUUAAGAGAAAGUAGUCAGACAAUUGCUGCACAAAAGGGAGGGUUGUGGUGUUUUGGUGGAAAUGGGCUUCCUUAUUGUGAAAGUCUCAGUACUGUUCCGGCAAAGACAGUGGAACUCUUCUGUUUGCAAGCUUUGGUAGAACAUUCCAAGGUCCCUAGUCAUUGUGAUGGAAUUGAAUCAAAUAAAGGGCUUCAGCUUCUGCAGAAACUAUACUGUCUUCGUAGAGAUUCUCCCAAUAUUCAGAGAAAUAUCAUUCACAUAAUUGGAAACAUGGCACUAGAUGAACGACUUCAUUCCUCUAUAUUUCGUGCAGGUUGGAUUUCCGUACUAGCACGUAUGAUGAAAUCUCCACAUGUUAUAGAAUCCUCUCAUGCCGCCAGAGCCCUGGCCAAUCUAGAUCGGGAAACAGUGCAGGAGAAGUAUCCAGAUGGAGUCUAUCUUUUACACCCACAAUAUCGAACUAGCGACCCCAUUAAAGCUGAUGUCCUUUUUGUUCAUGGCCUUUUGGGAGCAGCCUUUAAAACAUGGAGGCAACAGGAUGUUGACCAGCUUGCCUCUGAAAAGGAAGUGGAUACAGAAGAUGAUUAUAGUGAGUGCUGGCCAAAGACAUGGUUAGCAUCUGACUGCCCCUCGCUUAGAAUUAUAUCUGUGGAAUAUGACACCCACCUGAGUGACUGGAAAACAAAAUGUCCAGUGGAGAGCUACAGGGAGUCUCUGGCCUACAGGAGUACUGAACUUCUGAAGAAACUGAGGGCUGCUGGUAUUGGAGACAGACCACUCAUUUGGCUAUCACACAGUAUGGGGGGUCUUCUAGUCAAGAAGAUGCUGUUGGAUGCUUCCGUGAACCCAGAAAUGGACUGCAUUAUAAACAAUACUCGAGGGCUUGUGUUUUAUAGUGUUCCUCAUCAUGGCUCCCGCUUGGCUGAAUACUCAGUAAAUGUUAGAUUUCUCCUCUUUCCUUCUGUGGAGGUUAAAGAACUCAGCAAAGAUUCUCCUGCUCUCAAAGCACUGAAUGAUGACUUUCUGGUUUUUGCCAAGGAGAAGAACCUUCCUGUAUUGAGUUUUGCAGAAACGAUGCCAACACGAGUCGGUCGAAUGCUGAGUCUGCAUGUGGUGCCAGUAGAAUCUGCAGAUUUAGGCAUAGGAGAACUCAUCCCAGUGGAAGUCAGCCACUUGAAUAUUUGCAAACCAAAAAACAAGGACUCUUUCCUCUACCAACACACUUUAAAAUUUAUUCAAGAAACUUUAGCACGGGAGCUGGGCAAACAAUGAACUGCAUACCUUUUGCUUAUUUGGAUGAGAUAUUUGAUUUAAUUUUGAAAAACUCUUGUUUUGAUAAUGUGGCUGGACUAACAGAGUGUGUAUGUUUUUAUCAUUGUUCAGCUGAAUGCUUCAAGAGAAUUCCUAAUAGCAGGCCUCUGGAGCAUGUGUCUAGAUGCCGAGUGCCAUCCAUCUCAGACAAUCAUUGGCACCUUUCUCAGACAAUCCACGGCUUCCCUGUGUACUGUGUAUGCUUUCCUGUAAUGAUACAGCACAAGAAAAGUCUUGUUUGAUGCUUCAUAAAGAAGUAGUUUCCUUUGAUUCUCUCCUAGGAAAUGAAAAAAAAAAUCCUUCAAUUCUCCUCUUUUCUCUUUGGGAUCACCCUCAUCAUUUUGGAAAGCCAGAUGUGCAGAUCACAUACUUUAUGUUUGCCCUAUUCUGUUUUGCCCUAUUUUCGUUUUAGUCAGCUAUGUAGAGCCAGCCUUCUACAUAGGGGUUAGAGCUCCAGGAAUCCUGUGAAAUUGGAAAAACAAUGGAUAAAAAAACAAUUCUUUUUUAUCUUGUGAGAAGAAGACUUCUCUAGGAAUGUCUAGAACAGUGGUUCUCAACCUGUGGGUCCCCACAGGUUGGCCUUCAACUCCCAGAAAUCUUAAGAGCUGGUAAACUGGCCAGAAAUUCUGGGAGUUGUAGGCCAAAGCACCUGGGAACCCACAGGUUGAAAACCACUGGCCUUGUUCCUCCAUUGAGACUGCAGUCCACUUUUGGUAUAAGCUGGCCAUAGACUUGGUCUGGAGGACCUAGAGAUUCUAAGAGAGACCAUUUUAAUCAGAUUUGUGAAUAAUCUAAUCUACAGAGUUAUCCCACAAAUGUGAAGGGUUGAGUGUAUACUGGUCAGGGAGGAAAUAGGUGAGUGCAAGCCAUUACUUCCUGUGCAUUUGUGUUAUCGGUAGUAAAUACGUUGAAAUAGUAUAUAUCUGUUUUACCCCAGAAAGUUGAAAUCUUUUUAACCAUCAGUGCUUCUGCGCUGAAAAUGUUAGACCAUUUUGUUAUCAGAAAUACAUCGAAGUACAGUUUCUGCAGCACUAAUUCAGUGUGUUAUUCCCUUGGCAACUGAUUUUACUGCAGUCAACUGAGUUUACUGCAGCUGUGUGAAGGAAAGAAACUUCCAAAUUAUUUUAUCCUUCACAAGAGGCUGCAUUAAUGUAAGCAGCUUUAGAACUACUCCUUUGAUUGAUCCACAGUGACAUAAUUCAGAUAUUACAACAAACUGUGGGAUGUUUCGGAUAAUCAGGAAACUCAUACUAAAGACCACUUCCCUUGUUGUACUCUAUUUGCUUAAUACUCUCUUCUCGAGCUGCUCUGGUCUCUACAUAUGAAGCAAAAGUUGCCAUAAUGAUGGUCAACCAAUUAGAAAUCAUUACAAAACCAUAACUAGCACUGAUUGUUAUCGCUGAUUUGCCAGUUCCCAAUAAUAAUAAUCCAUUACAGGAGGCCCUGGUGAAAUUUCUCGCCACUGUGACUUAUAUAUUUGUGUUAAGCCGAUCUCCAUAUUAAAAAUGUGCCUUUUGUUGUCAGAAGUGGAAUGGACUUUGGUAACAACCCACUGCUUCAUCUUCUGUAGAAGUCAUUCAUUUCUAACUGUUGGAGCUGCUGAAAGCAUGCAUUCCUUCCCUUGUUGAUACAUAGUAGGCAAUUUAAUACUAUUUGUCGAGUGGCUAACCACCAUUAUAUAUAUAUUUUAAAUAAAGCCAUAAAAAUCUUAAUAGUUGAGAAACUGCAAAAGUGAACUCCACAUAUUAAGGCCUUAAAAUAAAUGUAUUUGAGCUUUAAAUUAUUGCCACUUGCAGUUUCAACGUUAGGCACCUAAAGGCAGAGCUGAGAAGUGACAUGUAAUUUGUAACUGUUUCUAAUCACAAGCUGGAACAGUGUUGCCUGUAAUGGCUAGAGGUAAUUGACUACUUUUUGGGGAGAGGAGUUGGAAAAUAUAUUUUUAAUUAAAAUGUC